AGUAAGUCGUAAAGAUGAGAAAGGCACUGUGUUUUUGAUGAAUAAGAGCAACAGCAGACGCUGGUCACUCAGCGGUAGAAGUGGGCAACAAUGAGGAGAGUCAUUGGUGUGACGUGACUGUCCUGGUGCAUAAAUAAUAAACAACUAAACAAACAACGAGGAGAAGUGGGGAAAUAACACACAAAGUCUCUCAACCCUACUAGGCUAUAACUAACAGCAUUUAUACAGCAUUUUACAGCUAUUUACAAAGGGAUCCCUCACAAAAACAAUUACUAGUAUCAAUGUGGGUUUUUUGAGUCGUUGUAGAAAAGCUUUGCAUGGGUAAAAUCUGCGAAUUAUUUUAAAAGAUACUUCUUUCCUUUUAUUGUUAAAUAUUUUGCGCAGAAAUUCAAAAUGUUUAUCAAAUCAAGACUUUUGACAAGAUUAUUCCAAUAUGAAAUAUGAAUUGUUGCAACCUCAUGACACUUAUUUACUUGUUCUUGUGUUCUUCGUGUACGGUUGGUUUUACGAGAGAAACGAAAGAAGCCCUUGUGAUCCACUUCCGCGUGGAAGGAACCAUUGGCUUCUUCGACGUGUUUAGAGAGAGGUGUGAUUUCAGAUCGAGAACAUUUUAACAAAACGUUAUCAGCUCAUGUGGCCAAAUCAUAAUUUCGGUUUGUAGUUAAUCGUUCUUAAACACACUAAAAAUGUUAAUUUCUGAUUAGCUAGUGUGGGAUUGUUGUAGUCUCAAUUUUUUUUUUCCUAGAAUUUUGGUUCCCCCCUCGGUGUCACAAUGUAUACCAAAAAACCCUAAAAUACGCUACCGCGUGGAAGGAACCAUUGAAGAGGUGUUCUACAUAAUACGGCUUACAUGUUGUUUGACAAUAUAAGUACAUUUUACAAGAAACGACGUUUAUUUUUGUAAGUAGUGCAUUAAAACUAAUUAAAAUCGUCUAUUUUAUGUCACUUUGUGUAAGACAACGUUAAUUCGCAUGUAUUGACUUUUCCGGUCACCCCCUUUUGUAGGACGUAAAUCUGCGUUGCGUGACAAGAAAAACAAACAGCCCCGGCGGCCUUGUGGCGUCCAUUUAACACAUUUAGUGCUCAGAGGGAAAGUAACCACAAAAUGGCCCGCUUUCUUUUUCAUAUUUUAGCCGUUUUAUGUGCAGCCACAUCGUCACAGUUUAUACCGCCGUAUACAGAAGACUGUCGGGCUGGAAUGUAUCCUCCGAGUGGGCCCACGUUUAAAGGCGCUGUGAGCUGGUACACUGUGGACCUUGACUUGGCGCCCAAGGAGAGAUGGACGGCUGUGAUCGCUGACAAAAAGACAGAGUUGGUCAGCAUGAUCAAGGCCAUCCGAGACUUGGCCAACGCUUUUGUUCCCGGUGGGAAGCUCAUCGCGCUGGUGGACGUCACUCUGCCUUUGAUCGUCAACACGCUCCCGUACCCGUUUGGUGACGAAAUUAAAGGAAUAGCAGCCGCUUCGGGUGUUCCUCUCGGUGAGGUGAUCCUGUUUAACAUCUUCUACGAGGUGUUCACCGUGUGCACCUCAGUGGUUGCAGAGGACGCAAAAGGAAACCUCCUGCAUGGUCGCAACCUGGAUUUCGGUUUGUUUAUGGGAUGGGACGUGAAGAACAAAUCUUGGGUCCUGAGUGAGCUGCUGAAGCCUUUAGUGGUCAACGUGGACUUCAAGAGGAACAACCGCACCGUCUUCAAGUCCACAAACUUUGCCGGUUACGUCGGCAUGCUGACCGGCAUCAAACCUAACACAUUCACCCUCACCAUGAAUGAACGCUUCAGUCUGGACGGAGGAUACAUCGGAAUCCUGGAGUGGAUCCUUGGAAAGCGAGACGGGAUCUGGAUGAGCUUCCUCACGCGCUCUGUACUGGAAAACGCAACCAGCUACGAGGACGCUAAGUUUCGCUUGGCUCAGACGAAGCUUCUGGCUCCUGCCUACUUCAUCCUGGGAGGAAACCGCACAGGGGAAGGUUGCAUCAUCACCAGAUCCAGACUCACCAGUCUUGAUGUCCUCGAGAUCAAUGUGAAGCUGGGCCGCUGGUUCGUGCUGGAGACAAACUACGACCACUGGAAGGAGCCGCUGUUUCUGGACGACCGCCGCACUCCCGCCGUCAAGUGCAUGAACCAAACGUCGCAAGCCAACGUUUCCUUGAAGUCACUGUACGACGUGCUGUCCACUAAGCCCGUACUCAACAAGUUGACGACGUACACCACGCUGAUGCAAGUGUCGUCUGGCACGCUGGAGUCGUACAUCCGCGACUGCCCCAGCCCCUGCAUGCCUUGGUAAACCCGCCACCAACCGACCGGCUCUGCCGCCCCACUGUCUCAGCCAAUGGAAAUCAGCAUUUAAUCAACCUUUUCUGGAGGCGCGCUCUUAUUUAAUAAUUUUUGAGGCCCCAAAAUAUCAAUCGUCAUGUGUACAUAGUGUCAAUAAAUGUCCUUAACCACAUCAGAAUGGUUCCAGGUGCAGGAUGCCCACCAUUUCACAUUUACAAAAUACUGACACUUGUUUUUUUUUCCCCUCAAUACUUAACUAAAAAUAUUUUUUUAAACUAAA